AGCAGGACUCUGGCGUGCCCUGUUCCAUCUCCCACUUCGUGCUGCAAGCAGCUCAAGGAGGCAGAGCGAGAUGCGGAGCGUGGGCGUGAUGCUCAUCUGCCUGGCUGGUGGGCAGCUCACAAGCGCCACGUUCUGCAAGACCUACGGCACCAUCCCAGGCAUCCCUGGGUCACCGGGGCAGCCUGGCAGCAAUGGCCUGGAUGGAAAGAAUGGACAAAAGGGGGAGCAAGGUCCCCCUGGCCAUGUGGAGGAUGAAGGAGAGAUUGGGCAGAAGGGAGAGCCAGGGGCUCCAGGGUACCCUGGGAAGGUCGGCCCCAAGGGUCCAAUGGGCUCAAAGGGAGUUCCGGGCCCCGUGGGUCCCCCCGGGCUCCCGGGGGACUUUGGUGACCACAAGGCCACUCUGAAGUCCGCCUUCUCAGCUGCCAGGACAGUCAGCAUCCUCCCACGGCGGGAGCAGCCCAUCCGCUUCGAUCGCAUCAUCACCAACGAGAACAACCACUACGAGAACCGCUAYGGCCGCUUCACCUGCCGCAUCCCCGGCAUCUACUACUUCACCUACCACRUCACAUCCAAAGGCAACCUGUGCAUCAACAUGAAGAAGGGCCGGGGUGGCAGCAAGGGCCAAAAGGUGGUGACUUUCUGUGACUUCGUGCAAAGCAGCUACCAAGUCACCACGGGUGGUGUGGUGCUCAAGUUGGCAGCUGAAGAGACCGUCUGGCUGGAGCCCACAGAGAAGAACUCCGUUGUGGGUGUUGAAGGCRCUGACAGCAUCUUCUCUGGCUUCCUGAUCUUCCCUGAGGCUUAGCCUGCUGUGGCACCACCUGCACCCCCUCCACAGCCCCUUCCCUGCAACUGACCUCUGCCAAGGUCUCCCUUGAAGGUAACUCUGCUCUAGACGCAGUGCCUUGAGUCUCUCGAAGGGGUUCAUGAAACGACAGCUCCUUGUGCUGCUGGUUCCUUCGUGCCCAUGUUUCACCAUCUCAGAGUCUGGUCCUGGGGCUUUCCCAGCUCUUGGAUAUUGUUAUGGAGGAGGGAUGGGAGAGAACACACCAUGCACCUAAGUCUGCUGGCUCAAGGACUGAAGCAGGAAUGGCCUGCUCCUUGCCAGAGMAGCAAGGAGCAAAUGCAAUGGGAUCAUAGACAUUUUCCCAAGCCAAGCCUGGCAACCAGCAGGUCUUCUGCUACAGCUGGACACUUUGAUGCCCACACUACCUGAAGAACACAGAUCUCCAGGCUAAGCUCAUCACCUCCCAGGUUACUCCUCCUUCUU